ACGUGUGAUUGUGACUGUCUUAAAUUCAUAACAAACAACACCAUAAUUUCGGACGCCGUCUCGAAAAGAUGGAUUUUGAAUCAGUGUUUUGUCUUUUGUGUUAUAAACCUGAAAAUUCCGUCAAUGCUGUAAGCUGUGACGAAGAACCGAAAGUUGUUACUAUUUUGUGUCGUCAGUUUUGGUUUGCUCCGGAAGAAAUUCAGCGAAAGUAUGUGUGCGGCAUCUGUUGGACGUAUGUGGACGAUUUUAACAAUUUCUAUGAGCAAAUAAAAAUGAUACACGAUGCAGAACAGCAAGAGGAAAUAGUGCUAGAGGACGAUCCAAUCCAUUACCAAGAUAGCGAUUUGAAUGAAACAGAAAUUUUGCUCGAAGGGGAAUCACCUAUGUUAGAAGACGAAAUUGGUUUCGACGAGAGUCACGAAUCUGAUCCUCUGCUGAACCAUCAGACAAAAGUGAAAACUAUUGUAAUUGAAUCAAUUGAUAUUGAAGAGACGUUCAAUGAAACCCCUACCAAAACCAUUGACGAAUUUACAGAAGAAAUCGAAGAAGGAUCCUGUAAACAGCAAGAAGCAAGAACAAUGCAAAAUUUUAAAAAUAUUAUAUCUUCGGAGAGCCAUUCGAUUGAAAAUGAAACAAAACAACAGACGGAAAGGUAUGCUUGUGAUGAGUGUCAUUUGGUACUUCCUACAGAAGCUUUAAUGGACGAGCAUCGGAAGCAACAUCCAACAUACAGUUUACAACACACUUGUGAAGAGUGUGGCAAAUCAUAUUCUACUGAACGUCGUCUGCAGCAACAUCACAAAAGAGAUCAUGGCCCGGGACUGAUGUGUGACAUAUGUUCAAAAUGGUUUAAAACUGGGGACGGUUUGCGUAAUCAUCAGAAAAAUUGCCAUUACCCGCAACCAACAGAGCGUGUAGAAUGUUCAAUAUGCAAAAGAUGGUUGAAAAAUAUCGGAAGCCUGAACAAGCACAUGGUUAGACACAAAACGAGUGGUAAACCUAAUAUAUGUGAAAUUUGUGGUAAAGUGGCUCCCACGUAUACAGCAUUAAAAAGUCACAAAUUGUUUGUGCACGAGAUGCAACGAACAUUCCGUUGUCUAGUUUGUAAAAAAGCUUUUAAGCGAGCGUUUACGUUAAAGGAACACAUGUCUACCCACACCGGCAGCUCGCUGUACAAUUGUCCACACUGCACGAGAACUUUCAAUUCCUCUGCUAAUUUACACGCACACAAGAAAAAGAAGCAUCCGAAAGAGUGGGAAAAAAGCCGUAACGAAUAUGAAAAGCGGUUUACGGGGAAACAUUAGUAACUUUGUUUUUCUGUGUGGCACUAGACUUCCUGAUUGUCUGCAAUUCCUGGCGUGCACGAUAGCCAAUCAAGGGCACGGAAGAAAGAUGUGAAUGUUGUAAACAACUAUUAGCGUAGUUUAAACUAGUAUUUAAGGAAAUUAAGAAAUGACUCACAUAAAAUAUAAGCACAAAAGUAAUAAACUUA